CUUAACCAUAAUUUCCCAAAGGCUCCCAGCAGAAACAGCUAGAGCGUAUGGCUAAGUGGGGAUACAGGCUUGCAGAUAUCGCCGUGGGGAAAUGCCGGGGAACAAUUUCUCUCUCCACCUGCAUUCCAUCCCGUGUUUACGCCCGUGUGUUCUUUGCCAACGACGCCACAAGUGAAGUGUAAUAUUGUCGGUCGAUAUGCAUUUGGCAUACUGAUGGAAAAUUACAACCCAUGGAGAUAUCUUUAUUCCACUAACACAACUUGUCGGAGUAUAAGAUCUAUGGAUACGCCAUAGAGUUUGCUAAGCAUCAAAACGCACAAGUCUCUGACCACACUUCUUCUCCUCUCCUCACCUUUGUAUAGUCUCCGGAGACAUUGCAUUCGAAAUCCUGAGGUAUAACGUUUGUCAAGAGGCUGAUCAGUCUUCAUCUACAGCUCUCUUCCCUUCAUUUAUCAAAAUGGCACCAAGUAAGCAGGUCGUGUACAAUUGGUACAUCUCGCUUUUGGCGGCCGGAUGCAUGGUGUUGAUGGGCUAUGAUUCUAGCGUCUUCAAUUCUGUCCAGGGUUCGGAUAACUGGAGGGUACACUUUAACAAUCCUAAUCCUAAUAUGAUCGGCUUAAUCAACACCACGUACUCAGUUGGGGGAAUUAUUUGCGGAUGGUUCUUCUCUGGCCCACUCGCUGAUUGGGCGGGUCGCCGGUGGGCCAUGGCGUUUGGUUGUGCGAUCACAGUUGUGGCUACCUUCAUCCAAUGCUUCGCCCCGUAUCACAAUCUGGGAUGCUUUAUGGCUGGCAGGGUUCUCAUUGGGGCUGGUCAAGCUUUUGCAAUCACUGCUGGUCCAAUCUACAUUAAUGAAGUUACUGCGGCUAAUGUUCGUGGCAAGGUCAUGUCAUUUUGGCAGAUGUUUUUCUCAGUCGGAGCUUUCUUUGCCUACUGGGUCAACUACGCCUGCUCAAAGAAUAAGACUCGUCUCGGUGACUGGGAUUGGAAGAUUGUCGUUAUCUUCCAGCUGCUUCUCCCCAUUGUCAUCAUGGUCCAACUGCCGUUUAUUCCAGAAUCUCCCCGCUGGUGGAUUGCUCGUCACGGUAAUGUCGAUGAGGCCAGAGCUUCCUUAAAGAGGGUGCGAACUACAGAUGAAGAAAUUGAGGACGAAUUAUUAAGUAUCAGGGAAGCAAUUGCCUAUGAACAGGGAGCUGCUCCAGGCAAACGCCAACAAUACCUGUCAUUUUGGAAGGAUAAAUCCAUCCGCAGGAGACUAUGCCUUGCCUUCCUUAUCAAUAUCGGUCAACAACUCACUGGACAAGGCACCUUAAAUGCCUAUUCUUCGACUAUCUAUAAAUCCGUGUUCAAGGAUCUUGACACGGUCAACUUGGUUAACGCUCUUAAUGCAACAUUCGGAAUCGUUUUCACACUAAAUGCUACUUGGACAGUUGAUCGCUAUGGUCGCAGGUUUUUGUUUAUUGUCGGAGCUUGCGGUAUGGCCAUGACCACAAUGCUUAUGGCUGUUGUAGGCCUUACAACCCCGAAUGUCGAUGGUACUAAGACCUAUCCGGUCGGUGUUGGAAUUGCAACCCUUGCAUUCCUUUUCGCUUUCUUCUAUAAGCCAUCGUGGGGAGCAACUACAUGGAUCUAUACUGCGGAGAUUUUCCCUACCCACGUUCGUGCCCCAGCCGUUGGGAUGUCUGUACAGAUGCAGGGCGUUGCGAACACUAUCUUCCAACAGUUCUUUCCAAUUUUCUACGCGAAUGAAGGCUUGAAAUCCUUCUUCUUCUUUAUGACUCUGAACAUUAUGCUAGCUGUUGGAGUCUUUUUCCUGCUCCCCGAAACCAAGAAUGUUCCUUUAGAACAGAUGGAUACCUUGUUUGGUGGUGUCAGCCAUGUUGACAAGGGUGCUGAGAUUCUGGAGAAGCAUGGUGACUAUGUUGAAGAGGAAAAAAGAGUAUGA